ACAUUCAUGACUUUUUUUGAUUUUCAAAUUGUGUUCAUAUAAAUUCAAAAUCUAAGCUCAAUAUCUUUUUUGUAAUUAAAUGAUUCUUUAUCCACGUUUUUCACAAAUAAAAUCAGGCAUUUCCAAUUUUUCGUAAAAUAAAAAAUUAACGAAGCGGAUAUUUCUUUUUGAACCUGCUGUACGGUUAUGUGGGGUGUGUUUAGUGGCUAUAGACGCGCAAGUUUUAUGUUUGACGUUUGUCUUUUUCUUAACUUCCGUCACUUAACCGUCAAAUACAUGGAUUAGCAAUUCACGAUAAUGCAACGACAUUGAAUAAAUCAGAUGUUUAUAGAUUUGUAAUUCAAUUGCUGCAUUAUUUGCAUAAAAUCAUGCGUAGAAUAUAGAAUGAAACGAUUUACAGAGAAAGUGCAUCAUGAGCAACAAAAGGAGGUGGUUUGGGUAAUGCGCGAGCAGGAUGACGAACGAUCAGAGCACGCUGUUGCAAAACGGAAAUCAAAUGAGGAACAGGAAGACAAUUCUCUUAAAACACCAAUUGUGUACUCAAAAAGUUAUGGGGUGAGAUUUUGCGGUAUGGAAAAAUUACAUCCUUUCGAUGCGGCUAAAGGAGCACACGUAUUAAAAUUUUUACUUCAAAAUGAAGUAUUUCGUCCUGGCCGAUUUUAUGAGCCGAGUGAAAUAACAAAGGCUGAGCUUCAAAAGGUCCAUACACGAAAAUAUUUACGCAGCCUUAAGUGGAGUGUGAAUGCAGCCAAAAUAUCGGAAAUUCCUUUGCUACUUUUUGUACCUAACAAGUUUGUACAGCGUGGUUACUUGCGACCCAUGCGCUUUCAAACUGCUGGAUCUAUAUUGGCCGGUAGUCUGGCAAUACGUUAUGGAUGGGCUAUUAAUUUGGGCGGAGGAUUUCACCAUUGUUGUGCCUACAAAGGUGGUGGCUUCUGCCCCUAUGCAGAUAUUACUUUGCUUAUCACCAAAACAUUGGAGGAAGAGCCAAAUGUCGAGACAGCAAUGAUUGUGGAUUUAGAUGCACAUCAGGGAAAUGGCCACGAACGCGAUUUUUACGAAAAUGAAAAAGUAUUCAUUUUGGAUAUGUACAACGCCUCAAUAUAUCCGCGUGAUCAUGAAGCCAAAUUGGCUAUAAGUUGUGCGGUGGAGCUGAAACCUCGCACAGCGGAUGAAACUUAUAUGAAAAAAUUGAAAAGGUCCUUAAAAUACGCUUUGAGUGAGUUCCGUCCAGACUUAUUGGUAUAUAAUGCUGGUACUGACAUACUUUUGGGAGAUCCUCUGGGCCUUUUAUCCAUAACACCAGAGGGUGUUAUGGAACGGGAUCAAUUUGUUUUUGCUACUUGUCGUGAAGAACGCAUUCCAAUCGUAAUGUUGCUCAGUGGUGGCUAUUUAAAGUCCUCUGCUAAGGUUAUUGCUGAAUCGAUUGUUAAUCUCAAAGCCAAAGGCCUGCUUGUCUGCUAAAUUCUAUAUUAUUUUGGGUUACUCCAUUUUGAAACAUAAGAACUGACUUAAUGACUUUGAGCAAUUGCAAUUUGUAACGCUUAUUGAGAUAGAAUUAAAGUAAAUUGGAACAUAUA